GAAUAUCAUAAAGGAAAAACAACUGAAUAUUCUGGUCCUGAAAUAUUUGGUUUGCAUUUAGAGUUUGUAGAGGAGUGGAUUAAAAAGCAACAUCCUAGAGUAUUACAACUAAUUGAUAAUUUAAGCUUGUCAGCUCAAAGAGAUCGGGCUAAUAAAAUUGCUAAAUUAGAAUAUCAAACUUUUAAAGAAAAAUGCGAAAGUCUUUAUCAUUCAAAUGAUAAUCCUACUUUACAAUCUUUAACAUAUAAAAUAUCAAAUCAAACUUGGAUUAUUGAUUUUAAUUCCAAAAAUAAAGAAAAAAAAGAACAGCAGGCUGAACAAAUGGUUUAUGCACUUGAUCAAGGAAAUAUAUCAAGAGAGUCUUAUCGAUCUUUAGCAGCAAUUUUAUUUGAAUUACCUAGAGAAUAUAUAGUUGCAACUUCUAGAUAUCAAAUUGAUAAUAUAAUGAAACUAGAAGUUCCAAUACAUAUUCUCGAUAUUAAUAAUUUAAGUUUAGAGAAAAAUAAUAUAAAUAAAGAUGACGAAAUACAUAUUGAUGACUCAGAAAUUGUUGAGAAUCUUAUAGAUUCAGUUGGUAAAUGUGGAUAUAGAACUAUUAAACAAAUGUUAUUAUUUUUAAUUCCAGUUUGGAUUUCUAAAAAUAUUUUAACUAAUCAAGAUUCAACAAUUUAUAUUUGA